AUGUCUCGACUUCUCUCAGUCCUUCUCCUCUCUCUUCCCUUUGCCCUCUCAGCAGACUUUGAAAGCGUCACCAUCAGUGCCAACCUCGACAACGUUGGCCAUACAUGUAUCAUCAAGUGUCUCUACUACACCGUUCUGUCCGAUAUGGGCAGGGCUAUGGGGUGUGAUGACCCCUAUGAUAACAACUGCUACUGCGCUACCGCCGCUGCAUCUGCCAACAAAGCUGAUGGUUUUAUGUCCAAGUGUGCCACCUCAUUGUGCUCAGCUGGCGAUCGCUCUCGAGACUUGACUUCCAUGCAAUCCUACUACGCUUCGUACUGUAUGGGUGCAGGCUUCACGCAACCUGGUGCUACUGAGUGGUACAACCCCGCUGAAACUACAGAGGAACCCACGAAUGAGCCUACCGCAGAGAGCAGUGGUGACAGCAAUGCGAGGCCCAGUCGAACUGCCAACUCAGGUGAGGGUGGUGCUUCCAGAACGCAGGUAAUCGUCGAAGCAACAUCCACUUAUUGGGUCAACUCGGACGGGUCCCCAGCAUCAUCCAAGAACGGGGAUGAUGGCAUCUCUGUCGUCAAGAUUGGUGUCGGCGUCGCUGUACCAGUGACAGUCAUCGCUGCUGGCUUGUUUGCUUGGUGGUUCGUCAGACGAAGAAGACAACAAAAGACACAAUACCCCCACACUACUCAACCCCUCAGCGAAGUUUCAACGGGCAGCGGUCCUGCUGUCGUGACGUCUGUCUCCCCUUCGACGCCUGAGAGGAGGGACACUCUACCAAGAAAGCCCGUCGGAGCUUCAACAAUCUCUUCUGCUUCUUCUCUAUCCAAGACCAACGAGUUAUCUGGUGUUGGCGUUCAACGUGAACUUUCUGGGUGGGAAGUCCAUCCCUUUCCCAGCAUGACACCCAGUCCGCCCAUUCGAGUCUCAGGACAACAUGAGAUGUCGGGUGAAGGAUGGAGACCAAACUUGGAGAUGGACGGUCGAGAUUCUCGUGUGGAAAUGGCUGGUGAAGCAAGGCCGCCUGAGUUCCCAGGCUAUACCAACUCAGCGAAUGCGUACACGCCUCAUGAGAGUGUUCAGUGA